AUGGAUAGUGAGGAGAGCUUGUUGGUUCUAGUCCAAUACUAUGGUAAAAUAAAAAAAAGUAAUAGGCAUGGUGUUAAGUUCACAGAUAAAGAACCACUGAGCAUUUUUAUCCGUUUGACUGAUACUUUGUCGGAUCUGAAGAGGAACAUAUUGCAGAAGGCAGGGUUGUGUGGGGCCAAGUUGGUGAAUAAGGUGCUUUACAAGAUUCCGAUGGCAGUUGUGUCAAGUGGUGUGCAGUAUGAAACAUUUGUCAUAGGGUCGGAUGAAGACAUGGGGGUCUUGUUUCAUUGUCGGCGGAAUUUUCCGGAGGUGAGAAUACACGAGUUGUUUGCCAAGUUGGAAGACCGUCUAAAAAGUUCCGGGGCUUCAAUGCCAAAUCCUCAGUCGACGACGGUAGGGGGUGCUUCUACUUCGAUGCCUGUCGUUGCACCUGGUUGUCUCCUACCUGCACUUUCACUUGUUCUAGCACCGGCAGAUAGGUCACCUGGUUUGAUUACUAGUCUUGUUGGUGGUGGGGAUAGUGAGGAGGAGACUACAGUGCCCCCACCUGCACCUCAGGGGCCAUCCAGUUCUGGGUCCCACCAACAACCGCCGCAUUUCUCGACGCUUAACCUGGAAGCAGUGAGUCAACAACCGGAUGAUGCACACAUCUUCAGAUACCAAGGAUUACACGCGGGUAAUGCUUCUGGGAAAUUUCAGAUUGGUCAAUCUUUCCAGAAUAAGGAGGAAGCUGUGAUGAGUGUUAAGGAUUAUAGCAUUCGUCGUGGAGUUCAGUAUCAGGUUAUGAAAUCUGAUCAUCUGAAGUAUGUUGGGAGAUGCAAGGAGUUUGGAAAUGGCUGCACCUGGAUGAUCCGCGUGGAACUUUGGCAAUGCAAGGGUAACUGGGAGGUUAGAAGGUACAACAGAACCCACAUUUGUCUGGCCACAUCGAUUUCGAGCGACCACCGACAGCUCGAUUACAACAUAAUUUGUGCGAGGAUCUAUCCGUUGGUUAGGGCGGAUGCAGCGGUUACCAUAAAGGUGUUGUAA